ACCGGCGCCUUGCCAAAACAGGCCAGUCCGCUUGUCUUGGAUGACGAGUUUAACUAUUCGAAGAGGCCAAUUCGCACCAUCUCCAGAUUCCAUCUGAACGACGUUUUUGCACACAGAUGGGAUGAAUUGGCAACGAUCUCUCUUGUGUACGAAGCAGUUCUGGGUGCCCAGAGACACGAGAGACAACGGUGCUGUGACGCUGUGACGCUGUGACACACUGCCCAAGGCGGCCAAUCAACCCGUUCCCGCUCGAGACGUCAAGGGAGUGACUGACUGGUCGCCUCACCAUGUCCGAUCUGAGACACCAUCGACACCAUGGUUCAGUGAGAGAGUGAAUACCACAAAAGGCAUCGGCGGGCGAUAUUCGCCGUUCUUUCCAGGCUCCCUCAUCCCUAACAACCGACGUACAAGACAGAUGAGAUGAUAAACUAUUGUGUAGUUAUGAGUCUUGUGCCCUUCGUUGAUGCGAUGGAUGUCGUUGAGCGAGUGGCACAUGAGACGGUGUGGGGCCUCGACACUUGGCACAAGAAGGAAGCUCCGAAUCUGUGAUGGGUCGUGGAUUCGUGGAACUUCGACAAGAGAUUUCCAACCCCCGUCUCCAAUAUUCUCUCCUCGUUUUAUGCCAGGUAGAGAAGGAAGCGGUUCAGCUAGGGUAGAUGGGAAGGGAUGGGAAGUGCAUAUGGCCGAGAAGCGCUGGACUUUAAAUGUGGAUGUCGUUUGUAUUUGCUCGAUUUCUUUUGUUGAUUUCUUUUCAUCGAUUUCCUUUACUCGAUCUAGUUUUCCUUUACUCGAGUCCUCCUGCACUCCUAGAGUACGAGAUCUUUUGGUCCACCUUUUUUUAAGCUUGAAGGUGAGCUGCUACCUUUCGUCGCCGUGUAGGUUGCCUGCCACAAGGCGCCCCUGUUACCCCACACGACGGGAGCUCAACAACCCCGCCAUGAAUUUUUGGUGAGCUUCCGGUCACAACGGC